UGAAAGGUGGGGCACACAAUGAAAUUAUGAUAAAGGAUUUAACGGAGCUAUUUGUAAACAAUAGCAGCUGAAAGCAGCUAUUAAUUUUGAUGCAAUUACGUGCAUACGUUUUGACGUAAUUUAGACAACUGCAAGUGGCGGCGACAGAAGUCAUGGCAUGGUCAUAUUCUCUCCUGCCUGCCCUGGCAUUGAUGCCCCUCGCUUAUGUGAUGACGGUGCACACGGCGCCCUGCCAAACAUGCCGAAAACUCACUCAGAGCUUCAUAAAGGGUAUUGAGCGAACAGCUAACAAGAACUUUGGCGGUGGGAACACAGCUUGGGAGGAGGAAAAGCUGGCGAAAUAUACUCGCAGGUGUUCUAUCGGGAUAAGGUCAGGACUCUGUGCAGGCCAGUCAAGUUCAUCUACACCAAACUCUGUCAUCAUGUCUCUGUCACCCACGUCAUUAAGCCUUGGUUCAGCUUUGGGUUUGGAUCGGAAAGGGACGAUAUCAUCUAAGAUCAUUUUGAAAAUGGAGUAUAAAAGUGAUACCAUUAAGCGUGAAACCCGUCUAUUGGAGAUUGUGGAGACAAUUUGUGAGAAGACUGACUUUGAGUGCAACAAACUACUAGAGCAGAUAGAGGACCAGGUGGAGACAUGGUGGUUCCACAGGCAACUGGAGGCUCCAGAUCUUUUUGAGUGGCUAUGUAUCCAGGAGCUUAGACUGUGCUGUCCUCCAGGACAGUUUGGGCCUGACUGUGCACAGUGUCCCUCAGGACCUCAUGGUGUGUGUGGAGGUCUGGGGCGCUGUGAAGGCGACGGAACCCGUCUUGGAGACGGAGAAUGUGUGUGUGACCCCGGGUACUCGGGACCCCUCUGCCAAGACUGCGCUGAUGGCUACUACAGAGAGAAGAGCUCAAAUGGAACACAGCCCCCUUGUUCAGCAUGCUUCCACACAUGUCGAAAGUGUACAGGGCCACAUGAUUACAGUUGCCUUGAUUGCAAAUCAGGAUGGAUACUUCAUGACCACAAAUGUAUAGAUGUGGAUGAAUGUGGCACGGAGCUUGCUCGCUGUCCAUCUAAUACUUACUGUUUCAACACAGAUGGAUCUUAUGAGUGCAGAGGUUGUGAUCAAUCUUGUGUGGGCUGCAUGGGCAGUGGUCCAGCUAGAUGCAAGAAGUGUUCUAGGGGUUAUAAGCUUCAUGGGGCCAAGUGCCUUGAUGUUGAUGAGUGCAAUGAGCGUGCUAUUGCAUGCCCAGGUCUCAAUGAGGCCUGCAUAAACGAGGAGGGUUCGUUCCGCUGUGAGUGUGCUGAGGGAUUCAUUCGAAGAGACAGUAUAUGUGUGGAAAAUAUACUACCCACUGGGCCAGAGAAGGGAUUAUUUGAUGACAUGACAGAUGACGAAGUCUUGGUCUUGCAGCAGAUGUUUUUUGGUGUGGUCAUCUGUGCCCUUGCCACAUUGGCAGCAAAGGGCGACAUGGUCUUCACUGCUAUCUUCAUUGGUGGUGUCGCAGCCAUGGCUGGUUAUUGGAUAUCAGAAAAGGGGGACCGCAUGUUGGACGGGAUACUUAAAGGACGUUAACUCGGUGAUUAAAAAGAACCUUGUAAAGACCUCUUGUAAAAGUUUCAGUUCGCAAGUAAAUGAAGUUCGGGUUUAGAACACGCUUUUAAGGAUGCAAAUCAAGCGCAUCUUUACUUUUGGUCGAUAUAAAAAUCUUGGUAAUUAUCAAAACCUGAGAAGAAGUAACUGUAUAACAUGUUAAACAUUUAGUGCUGCAAUUUGCCUGUUCAAGGUUGUGGAGAUUUCUUUUUUUUUUUAAAGUUUGAAACAUUUAAAAAUGACCCAGAAAUAUCAACAGAAUGUGAAGAAGCAACCGUUUUUGACAUAAUGUCGAAAACAUCUAUGCUCUGUGCUGAGACAUCCACUGAAGAUAACAUGCAAACUAGAUGUUCUUGCCCUGAAUCACCAUGUACCACCUGUGGCACUGUGUUGAAAAACAAUUCAAGUCAAUGGAAGAGUGACGGUUGGCUGCAACAACUCAAAGACUACAGAACUCUGCAUAGCACCUUCAAUGCCAGUGAUACAGAAGAGGUGGUUUGUUAAUAUAAAUGGGCCAGAAGUACUGUAACUAAGAAAAUGGAAAGAAGCAUCCUUACACAAUGUAUGGCUGGAAAAUGUGUCUUGGCCCACUGAUGGUUGGUUUUUAUUAUUAAACCAUCAAGUAUGCACUGCUCAUUCACAGGAGAGCAUUAAUAUAUUUUGGUAAAUUUACUCACGUCAGUAAGUUUCAUUAAAUCAAGUCAAGCAAUGUGUAGAUUGUUAGAGGGAAUAAUUGCUGCAUCUUUAAAGUUUGUUCAAUUUUGUCAUCAUUGACUUAAUAAAGAGAACACUAUGUUCAAUAAUGUCUUUUUUCCCUCACACUGGAAAUAGCUAACCAGAUCCAAAAAAACGUAAAAAUUAUUAAAAGGGCUUAAAUGGUGAUUUGUUUCCAUACAAAUUCAUUCUGCAAUUUAUGUAUUGAAGUUUUUAAGGGCAUAGGUUUCGUUUUUUUUUUUAUCACGGUUUAUUUAUUCAUUUUCAAAGCAUGA